CGUCGCUGAAAUCGCUCCGUGCGGAAACCGGUGGUGUAAAGGACACGCGACAUGUAAGCGAUUCUCUGUCAGACACAUGACGUUUCGAGUUUACACGCGUGUUUUAUUCACACGGACCGAUGCGUUUAACCCAUGAUCGCUCGUGUCGCGUGUCAGUGAUCAUGUUGAGCGUUUGGACCCUGAUGAUGAUGAUGCUGGUGACCCCGGCGGCCCUCGCCUCAAACUCUGACACACAUCACAGACACAAACAUGACUCAAACCUGGAGAUCUAUAAGCGUUUGUUUGAGACGAAGAGGAAAGAUCAGCUGAACGCUCUGAAGAAUCUGGUGGAGCUGAACGACAUCAACCAGCAGUACAAGAUCAUCGACAUCAUGCUGAAGGGACUCUUUAAGGUGCUGGAGGACUCUAGAGCUGUUCUCAUAGCUGCUAAUGUACAGCCGGAUGAUCCGUUCCCACAGGACCACAAGAUCAAAGAAGCGUACUCUCAUGUGGUGGAGAACACGGCGUUUUUCGGUGACGUGGCUCUGCGCUUUCCUCGUAUCGUUCAUCAUUAUUUUGACGGAAAUGCUGAAUGGAGCGGUCUGCUGCGCUGGGGUCUGACCUUCUGUAACCAGACGGGUAUUUUUACUGGAGGAGCACACCAACACGUCCUCACGCUGAUGUCACAGGAGCUAGGAAUCACAGAGAAAUCUCCAGACUUCAUCAAUCCGUUCCGCACAGAGAGAGACGACAUGCUACACACGGCAGAGGCGUUCCAGAAGAUUCUCCGUGAGGAGGAGAAGAGGAGGAGGAAGGAGGAGAAGAGGAAGGAGAUCAGGAAAGGACCUCGGAUCUCUCGUUCAGAGUUAUAGAGCCGAACAUCUGAUGUCAUGUGAUGUGGGUUUGAGCAGAACACGCCACACGUCCAGUGUUCACACACACACACACACACUUAUCAAAGUUUACAGCUGAUCACAGUGACUUUCUGUGUGAAUGUGUGUGUUUAGUGCUGUAGAGUUUGAGAUUUAAAUCUGACUGCACUGCCUUUAUACAGGGGUCAGUGGGCGGGGUCUGGUGAGUGGGCGGGGUCAGGGUUGGGGCUCUGUUACUCAGAUUAAUGAUAUUUUGGACAUUACAGGUCAGAUUCUACAUACUGAAGAGAAAACUAGAAACAGAAAUAAGUAAAAAAUGUACACAAAUAGAAAGAAAUGUAUUAAAGUGGAGUUUGUGUGUUUUGUAGUGUGAUAAGAGAAUGGUUAAUGUGUCUUUUAUUUGUUAAAGUGGUGUUUGUGUGUGUAUGAGAGGCAGACAAGAUCUGAUCUGACAUCUGUAGAUUCAUGACUGUACCGACAACAGACAUCUGUGGUGAAUGAAUCUUGAAUGUGUUGUAGUUGAUGUGCGGAUGGAUUCACUUCACCUUCUGUUCUAAUAAACUCCACAGCAGCUGCUGAUCUGA